AUGACAUUUUUCAAAGGAUUGUUGUACUGUAUAUUAUGGUACUCGAGUAUUUUGGCAGGUUAUACAACGCUUUUUUGUCCUUUGUUCCCGUUAUUAUUCAUUUCUAAUCGACUUUAUCGUUACAUUACCGAUAUUAUUUUCACCUUCUGGCAGUAUUAUCCCACGGCUUUGUUAGAGUUAUUCUGCGGAUGUAAUAUUCAAGUCACAGGCGAUGCUAUAAGAACGGACGAAAUUUCUAUCCUGUUGAUGAACCACAGGACAAGAACAGAUUGGAAUUUUUUUUGGCCUACCUUAUACCACUGCGUAGAAGGUAAACGAAAAUUGGCCCAUUCUACAAAAUUUCUUCUAAAAAAUGAGAUAAGACAUAUACCAGGACCAGGCUGGGUAAUGCAGCUUGCAUGUUUUGUUUACAUUAACAGAUCUUGGAAAGAUGACAAGAAAAUUUUUAACCAGUACAUAGAAUAUAUUACCGAUAUCAAAUACAAACAUAGCCUAUUACUCUUUCCGGAAGGAACUGAUUUUACUGAAGAAACCAAAAAAAGUAGCGACAAUUAUGCUCUUAAAAACAAUUUGCCGCUUUACGAAACUGUUUUGCAUCCUAAAACAACAGGAUUUGUGUAUUUGACGCAGCAAUUAUUACAAAAACAUAGUCUGGAUGCUGUAUACGAUAUUAUUUUUUAGUACCUACCAAGAUUGUGAUCCCCCAUAAUGAAUAAUGGGAUAUUAGACGGAAAAAAUCUUCAUAGAGUUGUUAAAGUUAUCUGGUGAGAUAUCCAAAGUCAGUAUUGCCCACAUCGGAGGACGGGUUAAAACAAUUUCUAGAAAAACGCUGGAGAGAUAAAGAAACGAUUAUAAAAGAAUUCAAUGCUACAGGCAAAUUUCUCCACGGUCCAAUCCUCAGAUGCAACAAAAGAUGGGAACUGUAUGUAGCUUUCCUUUUUUGGACAACUCUUCCAUACGUUAGCGCGUAUCUUUUUAUAACUGAGAUCAAAUAUAUGAUAAUGGUUGUGUUAAACACAUGUUUUAUGCUAUGUACUAAUUUUUGCUUGAAAGAAUUUUUGAACUUUGAGGUGUUUUUACAUUUAUGGAGAAAGGAUAAAAAUGUUCGCUUAGGGUCAUCGUCUUAG